CUAUGAUCCGAAAUAAAAAUGGCGUUAUAGAAUAAUCAGAUGUCUACAAAAAUAAGACUGUAAAAAAUAUCCAGAUUAUUUGGAUUUAAAAUUUCGGUCGUAUUAAGAAUAUAAGCCGUAAUAGUUGAUCUGGAUCAUUUCCGUGAUAGUUAAUUAUCAAUUAACGGGCGUUUAAAACUUGUGGAAUGUUUUACGUGAUGAUUUGUCCUAUUAUCACAGCCUUAAUUUUGAAAACCCAGGAUUAUUGCUGAAACUGUUUCAUGGAAUAGUUUGUUCUCAAUUUUGAAACCCCUAUAUUGAGAGGGACACAAUACGGGUGAAAUUGUUUUCUCAGUAGUUGGUGAAGUCAUCGAACUACCUUCAUUAUGGCCUUCAAUGAGCAAGUUGAUCCAGAGCUCAUUUUCACAAAACAAGAGAGAAUUGGCAAGGGCUCAUUCGGUGAAGUAUUCAAGGGAAUCGAUAAUAGAAGUACCCAAGUCGUUGCUAUCAAGAUAAUCGAUUUAGAAGAGGCCGAAGAUGAGAUUGAGGACAUACAACAAGAAAUCAUGGUUUUAUCACAGUGUGAUUCCCCAUAUGUUACUAAAUACUAUGGAUCCCACUUAAAGAGUACAAAACUAUGGAUAAUAAUGGAGUAUCUGGGAGGUGGUUCGGCCCUGGACUUGAUGAAGGCAGGUAAUUUCGAAGAAAUGCAUAUCGCUAUCAUCCUUCGGGAAGUACUGAAAGGACUGGAUUAUCUACAUAGUGAGCGUAAACUUCAUAGAGACAUAAAAGCGGCGAAUGUUCUGCUAAGUGAAAUGGGUGAUGUCAAAUUGGCGGAUUUUGGAGUUGCAGGUCAGUUAACCAAUACAACUAGCAAAAGGAACACUUUUGUGGGGACGCCAUUUUGGAUGGCUCCAGAGGUUAUAAAACAGUCCGCGUACGACUCGAAAGCGGACAUUUGGAGUUUGGGCAUCACCGCCAUCGAAUUGGCGAAAGGAGAACCUCCCAACUCGGAGAUGCAUCCCAUGCGUGUCCUGUUCCUCAUUCCGAAAAACAACCCUCCUCAAUUGACGGGAAGCUAUUCGAAGAUAUUCAAGGAUUUCGUUGAAUCGUGUCUGAACAAAGAUCCCGAGAAUAGACCCACAGCCAGGGAGUUGCUUAAGUAUCCUUUCAUAAGGAAAGCGAAAAAAAAUUCGUACCUGAUCGACCUCAUAGAUAGAUACAAAAAGUGGAAAUGCACGAGGAACGGUGAAAGCGAACCGGACUCUGAAAGUUCUGACUCAGAGGAACCUAAACCGGAUCAAGAUCUCGACGAUCCAUGGAUCAUGACAGUGAGAGGUAACAUGUCGGUGAAAGGAAACAUGUCCAUCAAGGUUUCGGUCAACGAUAACAACAUAACUAACCCCUACACUAAGCAACAGCAACACAACAACCAAACAUCUCAAAACGGUAGUUCCGGAGGAAUUUACCUUUCGAAAUCUCCCCCCAGAGACUCCAACCUGAAUCAUCACAAAGCAGACAGAUCGGCCCCGUCUCGACCGAAGUCUAUCGUUGCAUCUCCCGAAAGGAACGAGAGAGAAAGCGAUAUCGCCUAUAAGAGGGAGAGGAUGGAAGCUGAGUCGGAUAAGAGAAUUUCCAAGGAGAUUCCUCCGAACCUCCCUCCGGAUCAUAGAGAAAGGGGAGAUGUAGAGGGUGAUAAGAAAUCGAACAAAAAGACUGGAACGAAGGAAAGAACAAACUCUAGCGGAAAAGUCGGCUACAGGUCAAUAUGGUUGUCGAAUAUCAUUUGUCCGGUUAUCACAGAUUUGCAAAAGUCCAAUUUUAAUGGCAGAGUGUCGGAAAUUCCACACAAACCAAGCGAUGCUUUGGACGAGUUGAAAAACGCAUUUGAGAUUGCAGAACAGACAAGUCCUGGAAUCAGCGAGAUUUUCGUCAAUGAAAUGGUAAAGAAAUUGGUGCCGUCUUCUACAGAAUCAAGGCUUAAGAAUGUUAUAGAUAAAAUGUUAAGAGAUUCCUAGAACAGGAUCCGCCUGAGACAGUUGAAUUUCGUUAACAAGUUAACUGUAAUUUUAUUAUAUCAAUUGUUUAAAAAUCCUAAACAGUUACUAAUGUUUAUAACUAUAUGACAAUAUUUUCAAUCCUAAUGAGCUUGAAGCGAUGUUAUAGAAGUUGUGCAUCUUCGUUUAUACUUCAUCAUUUUACUACUUCCUCGUGGUACAGGGCAUACGUUUAUGAUAAACUAAUUUUUUUUAUAAGGUUGAAGUUUCGCCGAGUGAAUUUUAUUAUUAAUGGUUAACUUAUUUAUUCCGAAAAAAUAUUGGAUCUACUCCAUGAUUUUCACUAAUCAGAUUCAUAAAAAUCUAAUUUUUGUUAAUUUUAUACUCAGUAUUAUCGUUUACAUUUUUUCUUUGAUAAUUUUACAAGAAAUGAAAUUUUCAUUAAUAUUGAAUUAAUUUAUGUCAAGAUUUAGUGAUGAAAAAAUCCUGUACCAAUUCGCCAUUCUUGAAGUUACUUGACAUUGAAUAGAAAUAAAAAAUGCCAAUAAUAUCUUUCAAUUAUCUUGUAUAUAUGUAUAUCUAGAUCGACUAUGAAAAUCUUAAAUGUAGUUCUCUUGCAAUGUAUUUUUUUAGAUGUGUAUAUACUAUAUAUAAAAUAGAGUUAACCUGAUAUUCUUCAAAAUGUCCUCAUUCCUUUAAUAAGUAAUUUUUUUCUUGUUCAAAUUGGAAAAACCUAUAUGAGCCUGUCGAUUUUUUUUUUUCACAUUGAAUUUGUAAAAUAACGUUCAUCUUUUCAAUUUAAUUAUUUUACAGUGUUGUUAAGGAUGGUUUGUUUAGGUUUUUAUUUUAUUUAUAAAUAUAUAAUACUAAUUUUGUUGGACAAAUAUUA